AUGGACCUGGAGGAUGGAAUGAGCACCAAAUCCAGCGGUAAACGAGGCGGCUGGAUUACUGUCCCCUUCAUCAUUGGUAAGUUCCUCUGUGUGUGCGUGUGAUCAUGAUCUUUCUCUAACUCUAUCUCUGUCGAUCCAUGGCUUCCAUGAAUGGGUUUUGUUUCAGGGAGUGCGGGGGCGCUGGGACUCGCGACUAGUGGGGCGUCGGCGAACCUCCUCGUGUACCUCGUGGAGGAAUUCAACGUGAAGAGUAUCGACGCGGCACAGAUAACGAACAUAGUCAACGGCUGCGUCAGUCUGGCCCCAAUCCUUGGAGCCGUCAUCUCCGAUUCCUUCUUUGGCUGUUUCCCCGUCAUCGCCGUCUCCACCGCCAUCUCCCUGCUGGUAACCCAUGUUCUUCCUGCCUGCUUCUAAUGGACGCCUCUUUCAAAGUUGUCACUUUUCUUCUCACGAAUUGAAGAGGUUGUUUGGCUUCAGAAACUCCUAAUCCAUCCUCUCCGCUUUCAGAGCAUGGUUCUCUUCACAUUGACCUCCACCAUAAGCUCACUGCGGCCGGCGCCGUGCGCCACCGGGUCCGACGCCUGCCCGACUGCCACCCCCGACCAGCUCGCCGUGCUCUACGCGGCGGUUGCCCUGGUGUGCGUGGCCUCCGGCGGCACGAGGUUCACCACCGCCACCAUGGGGGCCGACCAGUUCGACAGCGCCACUGAUCAGAACGUCUUCUUCAACUGGUACUUCAUAGCGCAGUAUGUGUCUUCCGUGCUGGGAGCCACCGUGAUCGUCUACGUGCAGGACAGCGUGAGCUGGGGCUGGGGCUUCGGCAUCUCCGCCGCCGCCAGCGCCGCCGCCACGGCCGUCUUGCUCCUCGGCCUACGCCAUUACCGGCGGCCCAAGCCGACGGGGAGCCCCUUCACUGGCUUGGCCCGCGUGGCGGUCGCAGCCGUGAGGAAGUGGAGGCUGCCGACCUCGCCGGAGGCCGUGGGACUCUUCUUCGGACCGGACAAGUCGACUCUCCAAUCUAAUCAGCCUCCAUCGCUGAGCUUGAGGUGCUUAACCAUGCUAGAGCAGCACUUCCAAAUGUUCCCGGAAUAAUACAUUCGUUCCACUUAGGAAACUUAUCCCGGGAAAUGAUCUGUGAUCGGCGGUGCUCCAAACAGCCUUAACGACGUUUUAAUAUUCUCAGCCUGACAUAAAAUUAAGAUUGUUUUGUCAAAAGCUUUGACUUUUUGGGUCGAAAAGAGAUGAAAGUGCACUCUUUUUUUUUGUGGGCUGACUUUACGACAGGUGGCUGAACAAGGCGGCGGUAGUGACGAGAGGGGACAACAACGAGGACGGCUCUCUGGCGAAGCCAUGGCGGCUGUGCACGGUGCAGGAGGUGGAGGACCUGAAGGCCAUCGUGAGGAUUCUCCCUCUCUGGUUAACCGGCAUCUUCCUCAGCAUCUCCAUCGGUAUCCAGGGAAGCCUCACCGUCCUCCAGGCGUUGACUGUCGACCGCCGCCUCGGCCCCCACUUCUCCGUCCCCGCCGGCUCCCUCAUCGUCUCCUCCUUCGCCGCCUCCGCGGUCACCCUCUUCCUCCUGGACCGCUUCAUCUUCCCCACAUGGCGCAUGUUGACCGGCCGCGAGGAAACGCUGCUCCGCCGCGUGGGGAUUGGCCACGCCAUCAACAUCGCCGCCAUGGCUGCGUCGGCGUUGGUGGAGAGGAUGCGGAUGAGCGCCGUGAGGAGCCACCGCCUCGCCGACGACCUUGCCGGCGCCACCGUGCCGAUGUCGGUCCUCUGGCUGCUGCUGCCGCUGGUGCUCGUCGGGGUGGCGGAGGCCCUCCAUUUCCCCGGGCAGGUGGCGUUCUACUACCAAGAGUUUCCUCCAGCUCUGCGGGGCACCGCCACGGGGAUGAUGGCCGUGAUCAUCGCCCUGGGGUUCUACCUCAGCACUGCCGUGAUUGACCUGGUGCGGCGGGCGACGGACUGGCUUCCUGAUAAUGUCAAUGCGUCCAGGCUCGACAGGGUGUACUGGACGCUGGCGGCCGGCGGAGCGGUCAACCUCGGGAUGUUCUUGAUCUUGGCGCAGGCCUACAGGUGCCGGAGCGGCUCACCGGAGACGCUGGCGGCGGAGAAGCAGGUGGCGCUCGCUCCUCCUCCCCCGACGUCGGAGGGACACAAGAGACUGUAA